AGAGGAAAAAAGUUUGGACUUUCUGGUCAAUUAAAUGAUUAUGUUGUUCAUAAACGUAAAAAUGCAAAGGUCAAAGGCCACAUCAGUCGAAGCAAGAAUGAGCUGAAAAUACUAAAAUGAAAUUAUUUGACCUAAUGAACUAAAAUAUGCUCCUGCCCUGUGUUUAAAUUGUUUUUUUUUUAAAUUAUUAUUAUUUUUCGUUCCUGUUAAUAUCUCUUUAAUAUAGAUAAACAAAUAAAGAAAACUGUGCGUGGCGGAAGCAGCGCCCUCCUGCGGCCCGCCGCCGCCCUGCAUGCUCCGGGCAGCUGGGGGAUUUCCUGGGCGGAAGCAGCGGAGGGGGUUUCCAGCACUCAGCCCGUCCUGCUGCUGGAUCUCUGAACUGAUCCCAGCGCCGUCUGCUCACACAAACCACUCAGCCGGAGAACCUGAACCCGAAACCGGACCAUGAGGAGUCCGUCCCAGGCCCGGAGGCUCCGACACAGCGGCAGGUUGACGGUUUGAAUCCCGCAGAGAGUCCGCGGAGGAACCGCCGAGAAGGAGGUCCCGGGGAGUCCUGAGGAGCUGUGGCCUGCGGAGGAGAUUCAUGUCAUGUCCGCGGGGAGGAGUGCUGACGGCAGGGAGGUGCAGAUUCCCCUCCAGCAGGUGGCACCCUCCCUUAUUUCGCCCCUCUCGGCAGCCCCGCCCUCUCACCGCCCAGCCAAUCUGUGGCCUUCCAGUGAGCCCACCGCUCAGCAAGGUGUGCCCGCAGGCUUCCUGCCUCUUCAUGGCGGCUUCAGAGAUCACUUUGUAGAAACUCCAGAAGCUAAAUACUGCUGCGAGGCGUGCAGGCUGGUCCUGUGUCAGCCCCGCCAGACCGAGUGUGGACACCGCUUCUGUAACAGCUGCAUCUGCGACAUCCUCAGUCGUCCAAACCCGGUGUGUCCGGCUGACAUGGAGCCACUGUUCAGAGACAAGAUCUUCAAAGACGUUUGCUGCCACCGGGAGAUCAUGUCGCUGAAGGUUUACUGCCGCAGCGAGGCAAACGGCUGUCAGGAGCAGAUGAGUCUGCAGCAGAUACCUGACCACCUGAACGUGUGUCCGUUCUUCGAGGUUCCCUGCCCGCUGGGAAAGUGUAAGGAGAGGAUGAUGAGGAAGGAGAUUCCUGACCACCUGAGCUGGAAAUGCAAACACAGAGAGACCACCUGCGAGUUCUGCAGCACGAAGAUGCCCCUGACAGACCUGCAGAAACACAAAGAUACGGUUUGUCCGGCGUUCCCCGUGAUGUGUCCAAACCACUGUUCCUUCACCUCCCUGCCCCGGAGCGAGCUCUCCGGUCACCAGCACGACUGUCCCAAAGCUCAGGUCAGCUGUCAGUUCCACCGCUACGGCUGCAUGUUCAAGGGUUUGAACCAGGACAUGAGGCAGCACGAGUCCACCUUCGCAGCCGAACACCUGAAGAUGAUGGCAAACAGGAACCUAUCGUUAGAGAACAAGGUGGAAGAUGUGAAAGGUGAGCUGAUGGAGCGGUACAAGGUGCUUCCUGCGCUCAGCAGCCGACUGUCGGAGCUGGAGAACCAGAACGAGGAGCUGAGGGAGAAGAACCGGCAAAUGGAGCAGAAACUCGCCACCAUGCAGAAACUAAUGAGCUCUCACUCAGAGAAGUUGCUGGAGGUGGAGCUGGAGCUGCAUUCUCUCCGUCUGCUCAGAGAUGAGGUGGAGAGCCUGCGAGGAACGCUGGAGAGCGUACGGACGAGGCUCGCCGCUCUGGAGCAAGGUGGACGCGGCGGAUCCGGAUCCACGACACACACACUGGCAUCCCUGGAGACUCAGCUGAAUCGCCAUGACGACAUGCUGAGUGUCCACGAGAUCCGAUUGGCUGACAUGGACCUGCGUUUCCAGGUGCUGGAGACGGCGAGCUACAACGGGACUCUAAUCUGGAAGAUCCGCGACUACAAGAGGCGGAAACAGGACGCGGUGGCGGCAAAGACGCUGUCGCUGUACUCGCAGCCGUUUUACACCGGAUACUUCGGUUACAAGAUGUGUGCUCGAGUUUACCUGAACGGAGACGGCAUGGGCAAGGGGACGCACCUGUCGCUGUUCUUUGUGGUGAUGAGGGGCGAGUACGAUGCCCUGCUGCCCUGGCCCUUCAAACAAAAGGUGACCCUGAUGUUGAUGGACCAGGGUCCCUCCAGGAAGCACCUGGGCGACGCCUUCAAACCGGACCCGAACAGCAGCAGCUUCCGCCGUCCGGUGGCCGAGAUGAACAUCGCGUCCGGCUGCCCGCUGUUCGUGUCACAGAAUGUCCUGGAGACGGGGACCUACAUUAAAGAUGACACCAUCUUCAUCAAGGUUACCGUGGAUACCUCUGACCUUCCUGACCUGUAAGCGUGUGAUCUGACAAAUGUGACCGGUGCGCACCUGGCAGAGCAAAGGAUGAUGGGAAGGAUCAGAGAUGGAAGAAGAUGGAGAAGAAGAGACAGGAAGCAGCCAGUCAGAGUGAACUUUUUUGACUGGUGGACUACAAAACUGUGUGUGUGUGUGUGUGUGUGUGUGUGUGUGUGUGUGUGUGUGUGUGUUUGGGGGGGGGGGUGUGAAUGACUCAGUGUCACCGUGGUGACAGAACUCAGAGCCAACAUGGCCGCCACUAUGAGGACGUUGUUGCUGCUCGUUACUGAUGCUGUGCAUCGAGCUUUACUUCCUUUUAUUACCCGUUUACAGAGGCAUGCUGGGAAAUCCACUACAGCCACAGAGGAGUCCGAAAACCUGGUCAGACUGGCUGAAACUACAUAAAGAGCAGACUCCUGUAGAGCCCGGCGGUGUGGUCCGGCUGCUCUGUGGCCUUGGUGGGUUUCCGAGCGUUGACAGAAUUCGUGCGAGUCGUUCGGUUCAUUUGCACACUUUGUUUGAAUGUUUGUGUGAAAAUAAAACUGACAGAAAACAAACAAA